AUGUCUUUAUCUGAAUGGUUAAUUACUAAACGCAGUAAAUCUAUAAAAAAGAAUAUCAAACAAAUACAGUUAACAGUACCUGAAGGAUUAUGGAUAAAAUGUGAUCAAUGUGGCCUGCUCAUGUAUUUUAAAACUUUAAAUAAGAAUCAUAAAGUUUGUCCUCAGUGCAAACAUCAUUUUCAAACUUCUAGCUAUGAUCGAAUUGAACAAAUCCUUGAUCAAACUAGCUGGAAAUCUAUCAACAGUAAUCUUGCAUCUACAGAUCCUUUAGGCUUUUGUGACCAAAAACUUUACGGUAAGAGAUUGCAAGAUAUGAAAAUGAAAACAGGUUUACUAGAUGCUGUACAAACAGGGACCGGUACGAUUAAAGGAAUUUCUGUAGCCUUUGGUAUAAUGGAUUUCCGUUUUAUGGGUGGUAGCAUGGGUUCAGUUGUAGGAGAAAAAUUAACAAGACUUAUAGAAACAGCAACUCGUUUAAAUAUACCUGUUAUAAUUUUAUGUGCUUCUGGAGGAGCAAGAAUGCAAGAAGGUAUGCUCAGUCUAAUGCAAAUGGCAAAAAUAUCAUCAGCUCUGCAUAAGCAUCAACAACAAGGACUUGUUUAUUUACCUAUUCUAACUUCUCCAACAACUGGUGGAGUAACUGCAAGUUUUGCUAUGUUGGGUGAUUUAAUUAUUGCUGAACCAAAUGCACUUAUUGCAUUUGCAGGUAGAAGAGUUAUAGAACAAACAAUAAGAGAAGAUUUACCUGACAAUUUUCAAACUUCAGAGUAUUUAUUUCAACAUGGUUUUAUAGAUUUAAUUAUUCCAAGAACAAAAUUAAGAGAUAUGCUAUACCAAAUUUUAUCUUUUUACUAUAAUCCCAAAAAUUAG